UCGCCGCUCGGCUCGCACAUUGCUCGGCCAUGCGACACGGCCUCUUCUUGCUCCUCUACGCCUUGGUCUUAGGCCUAUCCGGCCAUGCAUGUUACGCACAGCAAGCGGUACAGGGACAGUAUUCGUCGGAACGAAACGACGGAGUCAAAAGCCUCGCCAGUCCUCCUCCUUUCCUCCCAGGCCUCCAGGACCGCCACCUCCUAGGCCAUCUCCCUUGAAAGGGCCAAAACCCAACUUCAUUGUCAUCGUAGCAGAUGACCUGGACGAUGUGUACAACAGCACGGGCCCGAAGUACAUGCCAGCGCUCAACCGGCUCUUGGGAGCCGGCGGCACGCGCAUGUCCAAUUUCGUCGUGCCCACGGGUUUGUGCUGCCCCGCCCGCACCUCGUUGCUCACCGGCAAGCUGGCGCACUGCACAAAUGUAACUACUAAUUAUUACCCUUCUGGCGGCUUCGUUCGGUUCUACCAACAGCAGCUGGACAGAAACUGGCUGCCGGUCUGGCUCCGCGCCGCGGGCUACAACACUGGCCUUGUCGGCAAGUUCCUGAACCAGUACCUGGAGACGUACGCGCCCAGCGGCUACGCCCCCGCGGGCUUCACCCACUUCGAGGCGCUGACCGUCAACGCCUACAACAUGACAAACAGUUGUUUCUCACUCAGUGGUGCCGCCAGCACGUGCUACCCCGGGGAGUAUCAGACCGAACUCAUCAUGACCAAGGCUCUGGACUACAUCGGCUCCUAUGCAGCCGCCAACGCGCCGUUCCUCCUCUACGUGGCGCCCACCGCGCCACACCGCUCCAGCACCGACGGCAUCCUCUGGUACCCGCCCACGCCGGCCAAACAAUAUGCAAACCUCUACUCAGCGAGCGAGAAUCAGGUGCCACGCGGACUCAAUUGGGACUUCCGCAACCGCAACCUGCCGCGCCGGGGCGCUGUUGCCGUCGACGCCACGUUUGAGGCCUUCAUGGACAGCCUGUACCUGUACCGCUUGCGGGCGCUGCGCUCCGUGGAUGACCUGAUCGGAUCCAUUGUGGGCAAGCUUCAGCGGCUCGGGGUGCUCAACAACACCUACGUCAUCUUCACAUCUGACAACGGUUACCACAUGGGCGCCUUUUCGCUGCUGGACGGCAAGAACCUGCCGAUCGAGGAAGACGUGCGAGUGCCAUUCUUCAUCCGCGGGCCCGGCAUUCCGGCGGGGCAGGUGCUGCCGUACCAGGCUAACCUAGUAGACCUGGCACCCACGAUCCUGGCGUUGGCAGGCCUGGCGCUGCCCGGCCACCUGGAUGGACUACCCAUGCCACUGAACCCCCAGCUGGCGGCGGCACACACCCAAGUGCUGCUGGCGUCUGUGGCACCGGCGCCAGAAGCUAGCGGCCAGACUGAAGGCGGCAGCGUGGCGGCCGCUGGCUCUGAAAAGGCCGCAUGGGGCGGCCCCAUGCUGCGUGACACGACAAUCCUUGAGGGCUGGGAAGGGGACGCCGCGGCGCGAACCAACUUCACGGUUGACGUCGUUGCAAACCUUUCUGCGCACUACAAAGCGCUGCGCCUGUGCACUGACACCAAACUGCUCCAGCCGUCACCUCGUGACGCCCAAACGGCCGCGGGCGAUCCCAACCUGUUCUCGGCGCGCUAUGUGUUGGACCCCGGCGUGACGUGCUACAAGUACACGGUGUGGUGCCAGGGCAACCGGGAGCUGUACGACCUGGCGGCAGACCCCUACGAGCUCAGCAACAGGAUCACGACAGCGCCGCUGCGAAUUGCGAACCGGCUGGACGCGGUGUUGUCGGCGCUGGUGCACUGCAGCGGCGCCUCCUGCCGCAACCCCUACAGCCUGCUGCACCCGGGUGGCGGCGUGUGGAACUUCUCUGGGACGCUGCCGUCCCAGUACGACCCCAUGUACCGCGGCCUGUCCAAACUGCGCAUCCUGCGGUGCCGGUCUUCCUACGACCCGGCCAACGAGCUCACGUGGACGCAGACAGCAGUUGCGGGGACCGGCACAUCGGGGUGAUGCCGUGAGGCGUAACUGGCGUUGCCCUCGGAUGUACUCGUGAACUCGUGAUGUGUAGACCUGGAGAUGCAUGGUGGAAACGGGGCCGGGCUGGUGGCUUGUGGGGAUGUUUGCCUCAUUGCCUGAUGCCGGUGGACUGGUGGCGGCGAUGUGAUGUAGGGCCUAGGUAGAUCGGCGGAGUUCGUGGCGUGACGCCACGCGACACGUGGCCUAUUGCCGGUAUUGGCCUGGGUCAGUCAUACAUGAAACUGAAUAGAGCUGGCGUCACCGUGAUCAGCGCAUCGGCGCAGCAGCCUGACUACUGAAUGAAUGGCUUUCUAACGAGACGAAGACGGAGAGUGUGCAUUGUCGGCUGUAUUUCCCUUGAAUUUCGACGCAAGGUAGGGGGCAGCUGCAUUGCCUGCACCUGAUGUGGGCUGUGGCUGCUGUGCCACGGCUGCUGUGGGAGCGCUAGAUAGAGGAGGUCCCGCCCCGAUACCGCAACGGGUGGGUUGGUCGCAGGAUGCGUGCCGGCCUGCUGGGGGCAAGGGUCGCGUG